AUGAAUCGUCCAAAGCCUGCAACUCUCAGACGCCCCAAUGCUGCAAAACCAUCAGGUCACCCUCCCCCGGGAGAUUUCAUCGCCCUUGGAUCAAAGAGCCAGGGUGGGGAGGCCAAAGCCCCCGCGGUCCUGCUGAAGCCGGCAUCCACAAACCUACCAGCUGACCGCAAGCGAGAGACGUCCUCCGCGCUGCCCUCUUCAUCGGGUCUGUCCGGCCUCGCCAAGCGGCCCAAACUGUCCACCACCCCUCCGGUCAGUGUUCUGGGACGACUCGUCGAUGCCGCAGCUGUGGACAAGAGGGCGAUUUCGCCGUCGAUAAAGGAGCCCUCGGUGAUACCGAUUGAAGUGUCUCCUGCAGUUCUUCUCGAUGAGAUCGAAGCGUCAGAGUCUGAGGGAAAUGAUGAUCGCAUCGAGGGGCUGCUGUGUGGAGCGGUGAAACAGCUGAAGAUGAAUAGAGCCAAGCCGGACAUAACGCUGUACCUCAGUCUCAUGUUCCUGGCCAAAAUCAAACCCAACGUAUUUGCCACUGAGGGAAUUAUUGAGGCCUUGUGCAGCCUCCUGCGCCGGGAUGCCUCGAUCAACUUUAAAGCCAAAGGGAACAGCCUUGUGUCUGUUCUCGCUUGCAAUUUGCUGAUGGCAGCCUACGAGGAGGAUGAGAACUGGCCGGAGAUCUUCGUAAAGGUGUACAUCGAGGACUCCCUGGGGGAAAGAAUCUGGGUUGACAGUUCCCACUGUAAGAACUUUGUUGACAACAUUCAGACGGCUUUUGGAACGAAGAUCCCCCCAAAGAGCAUGCUGCUGCAGGCGGAUACCGGCCGCUCGGCCGGCGAUCUCAGUGCAGGUAGCAGCCCUCAUCCCUCGACCCCCGAGGAGGACGACAGCCAGGCGGAACUGCUGAUAGCUGAGGAGAAACUCAGCCCCGAGGACGAAGGGCAGAUGAUGCCGAGGUAUGAAGAACUGGCUGAGAGCGUGGAGGACUACGUGCUCGACGUCCUCCGGGAUCAGUUGAACCGCAGGCAGCCGAUGGACAACGUGUCACGGAACCUGCUGCGUCUGCUCACGGCCACGUGUGGCUACAGAGAGGCUCGGCUCAUGGCCGUGCAGAGGCUGGAGAUGUGGCUCCAGAACCCAAAACUGACUCGACCGGCUCAAGACCUCCUCAUGUCUCUAUGCAUGAACUGCAACACCCAGGGAGCAGAUGACAUGGAGGUGAUCUCCAAUCUGAUCAAGAUCCGACUCAAGCCCAAAGUCCUCCUGAACCACUACAUGCUGUGUGUCAGGGAGCUGCUCAAUGCUAACAGAGACAACCUGGCCACGAUGGUGAAGCUGGUGAUCUUCAAUGAGCUGUCCAACGCCAGGAAUCCCAACAACAUGCAAGUCCUCCACACGGUGCUGCAGCACAGCCCAGAUCAGGGUCCAAAGUUCUUGGCGAUGGUGUUCCAGGACCUGCUGACCAACAAGGACGACUACCUCCGGGCCUCCCGAGCGCUGCUGAGAGAGAUCAUCAAACAGACCAAGCACGAGAUCAACUUCCAGUCCUUCUGCUUUGGUUUAAUGCAGGAGAGGAAGGAGACCACCUAUGUGGAAUUGGAGUUCAAAGAGCGUUUCGUUAUCCAGGUGACCGAUUUGCUGACCGUCUCCAUGAUGUUGGGCAUCACCGCUCAGGUCAAAGAGUCGGGCAUCGCGUGGGACAAAGGAGAGAAGAAGAAUCUGGAGAGCCUGAGGUCCUUUCAGAAUCAGAUCGCUUCCAUCCAGAGAGAUGCGGUGUGGUGGCUCCACACCGUGGUUCCCACUAUCAGCAAAGUGGGCGCAAAAGACUAUGUUCACUGCCUUCACAAAGUGCUGUUCACAGAACAACCGGAGACGUACUACAAGUGGGACAACUGGCCUCCAGAGAGUGACCGGAAUUUCUUCCUGCGCCUCUGCUCCGAGGUGCCUCUGCUGGAGGACACGCUGAUGCGCAUUCUGGUGAUCGGGCUGUCACGUGACCUGCCCCUGGGCCCGGCCGACGCCAUGGAGCUAGCAGACCACCUGGUGAAGAGGGCCGCUGGAGUUCAGUCUGAUGAUCUGGACGUCCUGAGAGUGGAGAGGAUCCAGCUCAUUGAUGCAGUGCUGAAUCUGUGCACAUACCACCACCCAGAGAACAUUCAGCUGCCUGCAGGGUACCAGCACCCAAAUCUGGCCAUAUCUGCACUGUAUUGGAAGGCGUGGCUGCUGCUGCUCGUGGUGGCUGCGUUUAACCCUCAGAAAAUAGGUCUGGCCGCCUGGGAUGGCUAUCCGACCCUGAAAAUGCUCAUGGAGAUGGUUAUGACAAAUAACUACAGCUACCCGCCAUGCACCAUUGCGGACGAGGACACAAAGACGGAGAUGAUCAACAGGGAGCUGCAGCUCUCGCAGCGAGAGAAGCAGGAGAUCCUGGCCUUCGAGAGCCACUUGGCCGCCGCCUCCACCAAACAGACCAUCACAGAGAGCAACAGCUUGCUGUUGUCUCAGCUUACCAGCCUGGAUCCACAGGGCCCUCCUCGCCGACCUCCUCCCCAGAUCCAGGAGCAGGUGAAAACCCUCAACCAGUCUCUGCGCCUCGGUCAUCUCCUUUGCCGCAGUCGCAACCCAGACUUCCUCCUCAACAUCAUCCAGAGACAGGGCUCCUCUCAGUCCAUGCCGUGGUUGGCGGAUUUGGUCCAGUCCAGCGAGGGGUCCCUGGACGUGCUGCCUGUGCAGUGCCUGUGUGAAUUUCUUCUGCAUGACGCUGCUGAUGACAAUCUGCCAAUAGAGGACGGCGAUGAAGGAGAAAGCAAAGAGCAAAAAGCCAAGAAGAGACAAAGACAGCAAAAGCAGAGGCAGCUCCUUGGACGGCUCCAGGAUCUUCUGUUAGGUCCUAAGGCUGACGAACAGACCACGUGUGAAGUGCUGGACUACUUUCUGCGUCGUCUCAGCUCUUCUCAGGUGGCAUCCAGAGUCCUGGCCAUGAAGGGUUUGUCAUUGGUGCUGAGUGAAGGAGGCUUGAAAGAUGGAGACGAGCGGGAUCAGCCCAUGGAGGAAGACUCCACAGAUGCUGAGCUCUUGCCAGGGUACCAGUGGCUGCUACAGGACCUCCCAAAGCUCCCCUUGUUUGACAGCGUCAGAGGCAUGACGUCCACCGCUCUGCAGCAGGCCAUUCAUAUGGAGACCGAUCCGCAGACGAUCAGUGCCUAUCUCAUCUACCUUUCCCAGCAUGCACCAGUUGAGGAGCAGGCUUCUCAUAAUGACCUGGCCCUGGUAAUCACGGACGUUGCCCGAUUAAUCGUCGAGCGCUCCACCAUCAUGAACAGCCUGUUCUCCAGACACUCCGGCAGGCCCGAGUCCGACGCCGUGCUCAGUGCUUUCCUCACCAUCUUCUCUGCGUACAUCAAGAGGAUGAGAAAGACCAAAGAGGGCGAGGAUCUUUACAGCUGGUCAGAGUCUCAGGACCAGGUGUUUCUGCGCUGGACCACAGGAGAGACCGCCACAAUGCACAUUCUUGUUGUUCAUGCGAUGGUUAUCCUGCUGACGCUGGGCCCCCCCAAAGGAGAGAGCGAUUUCUACGCUCUGUUAGACAUUUGGUUCCCCGACAAGAAACCUCUACCGACCGCCUUCCUGGUGGACACCUCAGAAGAGGCCCUUCUGCUCCCUGAUUGGUUGAAACUGAGAAUGAUCCGAUCGGAGGUUUCUCGAUUAGUUGAUGCAGCUUUACAAGACCUGGAGUCCCAGCAGCUGCUGCUGUUUGUGCAGUCCUUUGGCAUUCCUGUGUCCAGCAUGAGUAAACUGCUGCAGUACUUGGACCAGGCGGUCUCUCACGACACAGAGACCCUGGAGCAGAACAUCAUGGACAAGCACUACAUGGCCCACCUGGUGGAAGUGCAGCAUGAGCGAGGGGCCACUGGGGGGCACACGUUCCACUCAUUACUGAGCUCUUCUCUCCCUCCAAAUAGAGAUUCGGCGGAAACAAGUAAGGCCAAAGUUACCGUGGAAACGCCCCACAGCUCUGUGAAGAUGAGAGCAGCCAGUCAGCUUCCUGAAGUCAGGCCUGAUGACGAUCUCACCAGCAUGUUGCUUCAGAUAUUCCCGUUGAAAGUGGACCCUCGCUGGCACGGCCCCCCCCCCAGCCAGCUCUCUCUGGCCUUGCAGCAGGCCCUCGCCAAGGAGCUGAUGCGCGCCAAGCAGGGCCACAUUGAGCCGGGCGGGCUGGCGUUGAUGCUCCUGCGCGCCUUCGCCGCCCUGCUGACCUCGACUCACACGGGGGCUAUUGUCAUGUCGAUGCACCAAAGCCACGCCCUGUCCUGUCCCCUCAUGCGCCAACUCCACCUCUACCAACGCCUCGUGUCCCAGGACGCGGCUUUCUCCUCGCUCUUCCUGAAGGUCAUUCUCGAGAUGCUAAUCUGGCUAGAGAACCCCACCGUGGAGGCGGGACCACUGAAGACUCUGCUGAAAUCCUUCGCUGGUCAGAACUCUAACAAACACCGGCACAGUGACGUGCGUUCAGGUUUCCUCCACCUGGCUGAGGCUUUGGCUUAUCGCAGAGACAUCGAACCGCCCCUGAUAGCCGUCAUUGCGAUGCUGAAGUCCGGCGAGCGAUGUAACGCUGAACCAGAGCUCAUUGGGAAAGUGUUACAAGGGCUGAUGGACGUGCGGUCGCCGUAUUUGGAGGAGCUUCUGUCUCUGUUGAUGACCGUUGGUACCCAGACCGGGACAGCUGGCCCGGUUGCCACGGUGAUUUCCUUGCUGCUUCAGGAAAGCGAGGAGCGAUCUGUGAAAAAGGAAGUGGAUUCUAACAACAGCACCGAGGUGACAAAGUCAGGACUGAGCUCCGGACUGCUGGUCGAUUGGCUCGAGCAUCUCGACCCUGAGGUCACUUCAGUGUGUCCAGAACUUCAGCAGAAACUGCUGUUCGCCCUGAACCGGUCAAGAGGAACUCCUGCCUACCGGCCGUAUCUUUUGGCCCUGCUUACACAUCAGUCAAACUGGUCGACCCUCCUGCAGUGCAUCAGCGCUCUUCUCAGCAAGCGCAGAGACUACAAACUUGACCCAUCAUCGGCGCUUGAUUUCCUGUGGGCCUGUAGCCACAUCCCGCGCAUCUGGCAGGGCCGCGACCAGAAGAUCCCUCAAAAGAAAACCGAGAAGUUUGUGCUGAGGCUCCGUUCUGAAGAGCUCAUCAGCCUGGUGGACCUGAUCCUGUCCGAGUCGGAGCUCAACAGUCGCGACGAUGACAAAAGGAGCUUGGACCAGACCUCCUGCUCCCUCAUCCAGUCCAGGCUCCCCCUCCUUCACUCCUACUGCAGCGGGGAGCUAGAAAACAUUAAGAAAGUCUCCGAGUACCUCAUCAACUGCACAAAGAAAUGGGAGGACAGUGCGAUGAGCAAGCGGUGCCAGAACUUGCUGCUGCAGAUCUAUUUGCACUUCCCCGAGGUCAUCCAGCACGUCACCCUGCCUGAAGGCACCUUCAGCAGCGGGGGGGCCGCAGACGGCAGCAGCUGCAAGCUCGACGUCCUGGUGCAUCGUCUGGUCAACCUGCUCGCCGAUAUAGGAGACUCAAAGUCGGUGGAGGGCCGCGUGUCUGAUGCCAACCUCGCUUGCAGGAAGCUGGCCGUGUCGCACCCUGUCCUUUUGCUCAGACACCUGCCUAUGGUUGCAGGUCUCUUGCACGGCCGCAUUCACCUGAACAUGCAGGAGUUCAGGCAGCAAAACCACAUGACGUUCUUUAGCAACGUGCUCGCCAUCCUGGAGCUGCUUCAGCCGCUGGUUUUCCACAGCGACCACCAGAGGGCGCUUCAGGACUGCCUCCUGUCAUUUAUGAAGGUCCUCCGGAACUUCCAGAGGACUCGUUCUCCGUUGGUCUUCAUCAACAAGUUUCUGCAGUUCACGCAGAAGUACAUCACCCACGUUGCAUCGGCCGCCAUUCCCUACUUACAGAAGCACUCUGCCAUCUUGCAGGGUCUGUGUGCCGAAAACCCCGACCUGGUUCAGCUGAAGUCGCUGCUGGCGGGACUCACGCUGCCAGUGAAGAGGUCAUCUGCAGAGGUUGCGCCAGAGGAGGGAGAUGACGACCUGCCCACCGGUUCCCUGCCGCUAGUCAACAUAUCUGCCGCUGUUUCCCUGAGUGCGGCUGACAUGACGACGUACCUGAAGAAGAUGUCUAGAGGAGAAGCAGUCGAGGACGUGUUGGAAGUGUUGACGGAGGUGGAUGAGAAGUCUAGAAGGAGCCCAGAAAUCAUCCAGUACUUCAUAAACGACCUGCAGAGGCUCAUGGCGUCCGCCGAGGAGUUGUGUCGGAACAUGGCCUUCGGUCUGGCGCUGCGCUGCAUACAGAACAAUCCGUGCCUAGCAACAGACUUCCUGCCAACCUUCAUGUACUGCAUGGGCAGCGGCAACUUCGACGUGGUACAAACGGCUCUCAGGAAUCUCCCAGAGUUUGUGCUGCUCUGUCAAGAACACGCAGACAUCUUGCUCCACAAGGCCUUUUUGGUGGGCAUCUACGGACAAAUCGACACCAGUUCAAUGAUCUCCGAGUCCAUGAAGGUCCUUCACAUGGAGGCAACGACGUAACAGCAGAGCGUCGCGGCGGCACUUCCUACAGCGUUCAUCAUUUUCUGCAUUCCAGAGUUACAUUUUUUAGAUUGCCUUUACUUCAAACAUUGCUGUAAUUUGAUCAUCACUUAUUAAUAAACCGCGUGGCUCUCUAAUAAUGGUACAAUUAGUACAUGUAUUGCUUCUGAAGGAGUUCAAGUCAUUUUUAGCUGAUAUAAUGAUAGAUUAACCAAUUAUUUAAAAGAUAAGAAGAAUUGGGGUAUAAUUAGGUGAUAUUAUAUUAGCAGUUGAAGGCAACACAGAAUAUCAAAAUGAUAAUGAAUAUUGUAAUAUAAGUAUUAAAAAAGUAAUUACAUUUUAAUUAAAACAUUUGGUUUUAUUGUA